ACAGAAGAGAGAAUGUAUGUGAUGUUCCCUAACUUAGUUCUCAACAUAAUUAGUUGCCUUAGUUCCAGGUACUCAGAGGGUAGAACAGAUUUUAAACUGUUUUACUUUAAAGAAAAAGGUGGCAGAGCGGAGGGGGCGCAGGCGGCGCUGGCCGCGGGCUGCGAGCAGGGGGGCUGGCGGAGCGCCUUGGGGCGCAGUGUGGGGCACUCGCGAGCCCAGGGCAAGGUGUCCAACGAACAGACGGCGCCCCGGGAGCCUUGCCGACCGGCAGCAGGGCUACAGAAUGGUACCCCUAAAUGGAGAGAGAUUACAGGGCUGAUCAGAGAGGACGAGAAACAAGGAAGGCUUCUGAAGGAGGGCAUCCUCCGAUUCUUCCCCCACCUGAAUCCCUGUUGCUAUGGAGACCACCAAUGGGACUGAGACCUGGUAUGAGAGCCUGCAUGCUGUGUUGAAGGCUCUAAAUGCCACUCUUCACAGCAACUUGCUCUGCCGGCCAGGGCCAGACAACCUGACUGAGGAGAGGCGGGCCAGCCUACCUGGCCGCGAUGACAACUCCUACAGGUACAUUCUCUUCGUCAUGUUCCUAUUUGCUGCCACUGUGGGCAGCCUCAUCCUGGGAUACACCCGCUCCCGCACAGUGGAUAAGCCUGUGACCCCAAGCCUGUGA